UCACACCGCCGACAUGGCGACGUCGCGACCUUCGACUCCCCCCAACCAAUCUACUCUACGACCUUAUCCACCGCCGACUACUGCCAUAUUUUCGUCGGCGAUUUCCUCGAGGAGCUCGAGAACCGCGUCGACGUCCUGACCUUAUCCAACAACGGUGGUGGCAGGAGAAGAGCGAUUUCUAGGUGCCCGUGGUGUACGGAGGAGGUCGGAGGAUCUCUGGACGGUGGAAAUAAGGGUCUGCAUGGCCACGACAACUGCAAUGUCGAGGAUUUAGAUCGGAUCAAGCAAAUCUUUUUAAGGAGAGGAUAA